GACUCGUGCGCUGGUUCCGUCCGCCGGGCUGCACGGCCGGUUUUGUAAUUUACCGGGCGGGCCGUGACGUCACGAGACUAGUUUAACGCGCAUGCGUGACGACCUGCGCCUGGACGCCCGCGCCGUCGACGUCCCCGAACUCGCUCCAGUGGCCCGAUGACGUGCUCAUAUCAGCAGCAUUGGGUCAUCGAAGAGUAGCGCGGGGCGCUCGUGACAGAGGGGCUCGCGCCGCGCCAUGUCCGCGUCCCCGGUGUGCGAGCGCGCGCGUAGCCCGUCGCCCGCGCCGCGCUCGCCGGCGCCGGCGCACGUGCUGGCCACCAUGACGCCGGUCCAGCCGGCGCACGACUACUACCCGCACAAGGUGGAGAUGGACUCGGACGACGGCUACCCGCCGGACGCGCACUCCUACCGCCACUCGCCGCACGAGCUGGCCGCAUACGCGCCCGACAGCAAGGUGCCCGUGCAGCCCGAUGUCUACGACCAGGGCAUGGAGGCCAUCGACGAGAAGACGCCCAUCGACCUCAUCUACGAGGACGACAAGGAGACGGUCAUAUACACGACCACGCCGGACCAGAAGCGCGUCGAGAUGAUCAGCGGCCAGCUGGAGGACGGACAGCUAGUGAGUGGCAGCGGCCAGCUGGUGGAUGGCGGCGUGUCCGUGGUGGUGGGCGCGCCCGGCCAGGGCACCGUGCUGGUGCUGGCCGACGAGCUGGGACAGGUCAUCACCAUACCCAGGAGACGCAAGGAAGUGAUGGAGGUGAGCGCGGAGUGCUGGCGCGCCUACUCGGCGGGCGGUGAGCACCCCCUGAGCGUGGCCGCGUCCGCCAUGCUCGGCGUCACCGACGACCACCAGCAGUCCGUCACCGAGUACUACAAGCUGCCCCCCCUGGCCCAGGACACCCUCACCCUGCACAAGGAAGUCUGGCCGGCCGGCGGCGCGCUGAAGGUAGCCAAUGGCGGCCACGGGGCGGAGCUGGGCGAGCUGUCGGGGCUGCUGCACGCGGGGCUCGUGAAGCGCGAGCCCGAGGACCUGAGCCGCAAGGUGGUCGACGAGCCGGAGCCGCACGCGCUCAAGCCGCAGCGACAUAAGGUGGCUGUCGGCGAGCCCGGCGAGGCGGCGUCGCCGUCGCCGGCGCCGUCCCGGGCCUCCUCGGCCGGCUCGCUCCUGCCGGACGCAGCCAUGUACGCGGCGCAGAUGUUUGCGCCGCCCGGAACCCCGAGCCCCACGCCGUACGGCGAGCAGUACCCGCGCCAGCCGGCCUCCUUCGCCGGCGAGUCGUACUACAGGGAGUACUUCGUCGGCGAGGGCUACCAGCAGAGGGCGGCGCCGCCGUACGGCGACGCGGAGCCGGCGCCGGCGUCGACGUUUGGGGAGCGGUACGCGGCGCCGCGCUACCACGGCAAGAGCGUCAUCGCCGCCGCUGGCCUCACCGUGGACCUGCCGUCGCCGGACAGCGGCAUCGGCGCCGACGCUGUCACCCCCCGGGACCACACGGCCGUGCAGCAGUCGUUCGAGUACACGGUGAUUUGCCAACAACCCGGCGGAGUAGAGGACGGCCGGGGGACCCCCGCCGCCCACCACUCCCCCGCACAGCCCCCGCGGACGAGGCCCUGGCACGACUUCGGCAGACAAAAUGAUGCGGACAAAAUUCAAAUUGCAAAAUUGUUUUCUCCGUACGGCUUCAAGUACCACCUGGAGACGGCGUCCAGCAGCUCGCAGCGGCGGGAGGACGACCGCAUCACGUACAUCAACAAGGGCCAGUUCUACGGCAUCACGCUGGAGUACCUCCACGACCCCGACAAGCCGCUUAAGAAUCAAAUAGUGAAGAGCGUCGUCAUGCUCAUGUUCCGAGAGGAAAAAUCACCGGAGGACGAGAUCAAGGCAUGGCAGUUCUGGCACGGCAGACAACACUCCGUCAAACAGAGGAUACUCGAUGCGGACACCAAGAACAGCAUCGGGCUGGCCGGCUGCAUCGAGGAGGUCGCGCACAACGCCAUCGCCGUCUACUGGAACCCCCUAGAGAGCGCCGCUAAGAUAAACAUAGCCGUCCAGUGUUUAAGUACAGACUUCAGCAGUCAAAAAGGAGUGAAGGGUUUACCGCUUCACAUUCAAAUAGACACCUUCGAGGACCCCAGAGAAACACAAGUAUACCACAGAGGGUACUGUCAAAUUAAAGUGUUUUGCGAUAAGGGCGCGGAGAGAAAAACAAGGGACGAAGAGAGAAGAGCAGCGAAAAGAAAAAUGUCUGCCACGAAUAGAAAAAAACUGGACGAGAUAUACCAUCCUGUGACGGAGCGGAGCGAGUUCUACACGAUGGCCGACCUGACGAAGCCGCCGGUGCUGUUCAGUCCGGCGGAGGACAUCGACAAGCUGACGGGGAUGGACAUACAAGGGUUCUACGGCCACGACGAGUCCGCGCUGGCCGAGGCGCACCUCAAGCACCCCUCGCCCUUCCUCCUGCACGCCGCCAAGCCGCAGGCGCCCGCGCUCAAGUUCCACAACCACUUCCCGCCCGACGCACCAGCGUAUAGAUCAGACGUCGGUGGGCUCUCGCCGUACAGCGACAGGAAGGACUCGCUGGAGCUGGAGGGCGUGCUGGGCAAGCGCGCGCGCACCUCCACGCCGCCGCUCAGCGAGCGCGUCAUGCUGUACGUGCGCCAGGACACCGAUGACGUGUACACGCCCCUGCACGUCGUGCCGCCCACCACGCAGGGCCUGCUGCACGCGAUUGAGACUAAGUACAAAAUUUCAAGUUCGGCAAUUAAUAACCUUUAUCGAAAGAACAAGAAAGGGAUUACGGCGAAAAUUGACGACGAAAUGCUGGCGUACUACUGCAACGAGGACCUGUUCCUGCUGGAGGUGCGGCCGGCGGGCGCCAGCGAGGACGAGCCCCUCUACGACAUCACGUUCGUGGAGCUGCCGCUCGACCACUAGCGCCGCGCCGCCGCCGCCGCGCAGCCGCCGCGAUGCCGCCGCGAGUGACGCUCUUGUUAUUAGAACUUAUGUAAUGAACAAUGGACCACUUCAGUUACCCGCGAUUCCCGAAAACCGUUAAUACUCAAUUUUUAUAUAGCUGCGUAUUAUAUUUUCUGUCUCGUAUUUUAACUGUAAACAUUUCGAAUUCUAUGUCUUUUUCUCUUAAUUUAUUUUUGUAGCGGUUAAUUAGUUUCGUUCUAUCGGAGGAGGCGAACGCUCCGUGCUCCAUUGUUUACUUAUUUAUUGAAAAAUAUUCUCAAUCUUUUGUAAAUUGUUGUUAUUUUUUGUCGGUCACUCGCGUCAGCUCGGCCGUUAUGUUAAAAAUUACAUCGUACGAUUUUAUGUCUUCCUCGAUGAAAUCAAUGUUUUAUAUCGAUAUCGCGAGCUCAUUAUUUAUAAUAAGGUUGUCUCUAAAGCGUCGAUCUCAGGUUGAUUUUUACUUUUAAGAAAAUAUCACCGUAAUCAUUUAAUCAAGUCGAAUGUCACAACGUUUGGUCGUUAUUUAUAAGCGGCGCGGACCACUUUGUAUAUAUCUGUAGUGCCUUAUAAAUUUAUAUCGCGCGAUGUCGGCGAGGCUCCGUUUCGGACGGAACGCGGCUCGCUGCCGUCGUGCAGUCUCGGGUGUAAUAAUGAUUCGUAUCUGAGUUUUAAUGUGUGUGCCAUUCACUCGGUUAUCAUACUAGAUUUACGAUAGGAAGUCUCAACAGGUACCUUUAAUUAAUCUUGCCAUGAUGAUAAAGUAAGAAAUUCUCGUCACAAACAUAUUUUUGUAUCGACAUAAUGUCAGCUAAUAGUAAGAAAUAUACUUAGAGUGCCUUCGUCGUAUGAUAUUUUAUUUCUUAAUGUAAGUGAGUUAAGUCAAUCUAAAUGCCAUCCAUUUUGUUAAGUU